AUGUCUCAUCAAUUUUAUUCCGAGUUAUGGCUCGCGACGAGGGAAGAUGUAGAGAAACUUUUACGGAUGGAUCAGGACAGGCUGCAGCAGGAAAAGAAAGGGGGGAAAUCGAAAGAUAAAAUCUCGGGUCAGCUGGUUACGAUGUACAUCAGAUAUAGGGAAUUAAUUCGUCGGCUAGCUCUAUGUCACGAUCAAGUUUGUCAGUCCCAGAAACGCGAGCUGAUAAAGCAGGUGCUUAAUUGUGCCAUUGGAAGAAUGUUGGAGUAUAAACGACAGUUGGUCCUCUCACAGAAUCGGGAAUCAGUCUACGCCGACGAUGUUUUGAUACCGCUGAAACUUACUCCGGAUGACAUUGGUUGGCGAAAACCAUCCUACUUUGUUACGGACCGGCAAUCUCAUCUCGACGCUCGCAAGAAAUGCAUAAAUGACCUGAUCCAGCAGAAACUGGCGGCUGUAGCUCCGCAGGAUUCGCGGCAAAAUUCAAUCAUCGUCCCGAAUCAGAGCGAAUCGGAAGAGAAAAUGUCGCGAGAAGCUUCGCGGCUGUCUCCGCGUGUGACUGAGGGGGAAAUCGAAGUGAACUUGAAUCUUCCGAUACGAGUAGAAAGCCCCGAAGAAGCUGCUGCGAGGAUCGCCCGUGAGGAGCUAAACGCGGCCGUUCUUCUUAUCCAGUCCCACGACCGUGCCAGGAAGGCCAGAAUCGUCGGGGCCGAAUUGAGGAGAAUGAACGGUUACAAGAAGAAGCUUGCCAACGGUGAAUUGGUGGAAGUGAAACACGACAAGCGAACCAAGGUCAAAGCAGUCGUCACGAUGCAGAAAUGGUGGCGAAGCUACGCGACGCGAAUCCACCUCAAAGAAAGGACCGACAGGCUCGAGGCGGUCCUUGGCAUGUCCAUUCCCAGCUGGAAACCUCAUCAAGUAUUUGAUCGGGACGUUGAAAACUUUAAACGAAGGCAAUCGAUGCAACCGGAAUACGCCGCAGCCACUCUUCAGGCUAUUUCCACCGAGAACGCCAGGAGGGUGAUAAAUAUUUUAUUCGGCAACGUCAUCAAGGACAACAGUGCAGAGGAACCGGAAUUCCGGAACACUGUAGUAAAAAAUUAUAUUCUAAAAAUUCGCGCGCGCAUCAAAGUCAUUUUCUACUGCACCGUUGAAAUUUGUCAAUUAACCGACUAUACUGCGAUUUAUAAAUUUCAACAAUUAAUCCAUCGUGAUAACGUCUACACCACUAUACUUACGAAAAUUUUCCACGAGUUUUUGGGUCAAGCAUCUCAUUUUAAUACCCACAUCGCCGUCUCACCCACACUAAAAUGUAAACCAAUAGCUUCGAUCGAUAUGCAUCGCGGAGGUCAAGUGCACCAAAUUCGGGGACCAGGGCUGUUGGAGGACAUAACCGAUGAGGUCAAGGAAUGGUUUCUGCUCUGGUACAACGAGCUGGGAUUUUUCGACGCUUAUCCUUUGGCCCAGGCGGGAGGCAGUAUCCUUAUAGCAACGGGGCAGACUCUCACCCCGGAGGAAUAUCACAUGGAACAGAUGCGGAAGGCGGAAGAAGCGAAGAAGGGAAAGGGAAAGGCUGCGGCGGCAGCAGCCAAGGCGAAACAGAAAGUUAAACAACGCGGCGAUAAAAUAGAGGAGCCGAAUACCCUCAAGGGCCUGAGGGAAGCGAACGACGACUUCCUCGCAAACUGGAGCCUCCGGGAUGAAACCGGGAACCCCCAUCAGCGCGAAUAUCUCGAUCUCAUCACCGACAAACUCUGCUACGAACUCCAACUCGAGAUGAGGGAGGUCGUCGACGAACUCAUGCGCCUCGAACUCGCCGCCCUUGAAGCCGCCCUCGCAAAGGAUGAAGCCGAGAGCGGCGGGCGCGCGAAGGGACAAAAACAACAGAAACAUAACAAAGGUACGAAAAAUAAAAAGAAGAAGAAAAGCAAGACUGAGGGCACGCGGAAGGUGGGCAAGAAGAAGGAACAGGGACCGGUUCCAACGAUUGAGGAACUCUUCAGCGAGCUGGUGAACACCGGGAUAAUCCGCGAAUAUCCGGAUGUUAAGAUGAGCGAUUGGAAAGGCGACGUGUCCUACCAGAACACAGAGGCUGUCAGAGAAUUCAGAGAGGUCAGAAACUGUCUGGGCGACGUGGUCCAGCCAAUAAUGGAGUAUUGCGUGCUCCCGGUUGGCUCGAAGGAGAUACAUCAGGUCGCUCCUUUAGUCCGCUCCGUUUCUAUAGUCGGACUUCCUCGCUCGGGAAAGUCUUUUCUGGUAAAUGCGAUUUGCAAUGAAAUCGGCGCUCUGCUUUUCGACCUUUCGCCGAAAACGGUCGCGGAAGGCUAUCGGACGAAAAAAGACCUCGAGAGACUAGUAAGUUCCAUCAACAAGGUCGCUCGCGCCUAUCCGCCCUCUCUACUCUUCGUCGAUGCCGGCCACCAGCCCUGGUGGAAGAAAAUACCCCCCGAGGAAAAGCAAAAUAAUCCGAAACUCCUCGCUGGUCCGCUGACCAAACUCGUCAAGGGAAUCCGCCCCGGGGAUCAAAUCCUAUUUCUCACGACAACGGACCAACCGCAAAAAGCCGGAAAAGGGUUCAUGAAGCUCCACGACAAGUUCAUCCUCAUACCACUCCCCGAUUACAACACGUUGUACCUCCUCUACAAGGAGUUGCUGAUGCGGUAUCACGGGGUGGACAGGAACUUCGACUGUUCAAGUUUAGCCAGCCUCUCGGUCGGUCAUCCGUUGGAGGGAAUUCGCAACGCGGUAGAGAAGGUCCUGACCAUCGAGCGCCGAAUUAAUCUGAAGAAACGACCCCUUCAGCCCAAGGAGAUCAUGCAGUUUCUGAUCUCGAACCGAGUUCAGGCUCAGACGAAGGAGUACGAGACGCUGGUUAAAUGGGAGAUGAAGACACCCUUCGGUAAGCGACGUUCGAAAGCUGAAGCCGCGGAGACGGCAGCUCGCAGCGGUAAGAAACCCGGGGACAAAAAGAUGCAGAAGGUGCAGGAGAGGCAAAAGUAGACAUUCGCAUUAUUCAAUCGACGUAAGAACUUGACGGCCGGGCUCGAGAAGAAAUGGAAGCCGCGACACCGAGGGAGAAAAAGCGGAAUUCUUUUCGGCCCAAAGAUGCUCUCGGCGACUUUUUGAUUACGCACCCAUACAGCGGAAGGAACUGUCGCGGAUUCGUCGCUCCGGCUGAACAGCAUAUGCACGCAACGCGUUAAAGUACGCGUAUAUGUACAUCCGUACCGUCGUAUGCUACUGUGGCCGCUACACCUACGCACGUUGCACCUACGCGCGUGGCUUCACCUACGCACUAUACCUGCGCCAAGGGAGCGGUGGAGGAAAGGAAGGAAAUUUUGAACAGGAAACGAAAAUGGAACACGACCGAUCAUCGCUAGGAGUGGACGUGAAGCGAAAAGAUAAUUAAAGGCAAUCGGUCGUUUAUCCGGAUUUAAAAAAUCCACCCGGUUCCUGCUGCAGAGCAAUGCGCAGGACCGAGCGACUACUCGCUGCAGCUUACCUAAGGUCGA